AUGGUUUUGACGGAUCGCCAAAGGCAAGAUUUGCACGCUGGCAUUUACGAAUAUCUCCUCUCCAAAGAGGAAUUCAAGGAGUGCGCUGAGGCCUUUGCCAAAGCAGACCCAAAAUGUGGAGAAAAGAAAACCAACAAUGUCGGGAAGACCCCACUUUUGGAAAAGAAAUGGACAGCUAUUCCUCGAUUGCAGAAGAAAGUAUUGGAAUUGGAACGUACAGUUGCACAAAGUGCCAAGAUCCACGCCCAUCGCACUGGAGAAGCCGAUGCAAAUGGCGUACAAAGACGUAUGCUUCCUCGGCUACCGUGUACCGAGACACUUCAAGGUCACCAGGGUCCAGUGUUUUGCGUUCAAGUUCACCCUAUUUUCACCGUUGCUGUCAGUGGAUCUGAAGAUGGAACCAUCAAGAUUUGGGAUCACGAAAGUGGUGACUAUAUGAAAACUUUGAAAGGGCACACCAAUGCUGUCACCUCUUUGUGUUUCACUCCCCAAGGUAGCUAUUUGGCGUCGUCGUCCCAAGAUCUUUCGAUCAAGAUUUGGGAAUUCGAGACCUACAACUGCGUUCGAACACUUCGUGGACACGACCACACCAUUUCGUCCGUCGUAUUCAUCCCAGCACAAAAUGUUAUCCCCACAACUGGAGAUGACAAUGCUGCUAUUGAUGUCACUUUGGCUGAGAGUCGACAGCUUAUUUCAGCAAGUAGAGAUCAAACUGUCAAAAUGUGGGAUUUGGAAACAGGAUUUUGCGACCAUACCUUUACCGAUCACAGCGACUGGGUUCGUACUCUUGCCAUUCGCCAGCAUGAUGGAAAUGUUUGGGCAUCUGCCGGUCACGAUCAAGUGAUUUUUGUGUACGAUAAUGCAAAGAAGAAGAUUGCAGAACUUCGAGGACACGAGCAGAUCAUUGAGAGCAUUGCUUUCCUUUCUGAAGACAAUUUCCCAAAGAAUGUCAACCCAUCCCGAGUAGAGACGCAACGCGACUAUCUCGUCAGUGGAAGUCGUGACAGAACGGUCCGCUUGUGGUCCAUUGCCAACGCUUCUUGCUUGCAAGUCUUUUCGGCUCACGAGAACUGGGUCAAGAGUGUUCUGAUCCAUCCAUCUGGAAACUACAUCAUUAGUGCUGGAGAUGACAGAACCAUUCGAGUAUUUGACAUCAAAGCCAAUCGUUGUCUCAGGACUUUGGAAGAUGCUCACAGCCACUUUGUAUCAUCACUCGAUAUGCACCACACACUUCCAAUUCUGGUGUCUGGUGGCGUUGAUAAUGUUGUCAAGACAUGGGUCUUGGAUUAA